UGUUAAAUUGUAACAACGGAAAACAUUUACUAUAACUACAUGAGCUCUCUCUCUUAACUGUAUAAGCCAAAAGUUCAAGCAAUGGCUCCAUCUGCUGCAAUGUUAAUCAAUGGCUCCUCGGAUGCCAUCACUGAUUUUGUCCUGAAACAAGGUAAUGGAGUAAAGGGACUCUCAGAAAUGGGCCUCAAAGACCUCCCUAAACAGUACAUCCAACCCCUCGAGGAAAUAAUCAGUGAUGCCAAAAUCAUGCCCCAAGCAUCCAUUCCCAUCAUUGACAUGUCAAAACUGGACGGCCCAACUGUUGCAGAAGCGGUCUGUAGGGCUGCAGAAAGAUGGGGUUUCUUUCAGAUUAUUAACCAUGGGGUUCCCAUUGAUGUACUUGAGAAUGUCAAGGAAUCAACUCAUCGGUUCUUCAGGUUACCAGCAGAGGAAAAGAGGAAGUAUUUAAAAGAGCUCUCUCCUUCUAACAACGUGCGGUUUGGCACAAGCUUUAGUCCUGAAGCUGAGAAGGCUUUAGAGUGGAAGGAUUACCUCAGCCUCUUUUAUGUCUCUGAGGACGAGGCUUCUGCUUUGUGGCCCUCUGUUUGCAAGGAUCAAGUGCUAGACUACAUGAGGAGAUCAGAAAUCGUUAUCAGAAGGUUACUCGAUGUGUUAAUGAAGAAUCUGAAAGUGACUGAGAUUGAUGAGACAAAAGAAUCCCUCUUAAUGGGGUCUAAGAGGAUUAACCUUAACUACUAUCCGAUUUGUCCAAACCCUGAGCUCACAGUAGGAAUUGGCCGCCACUCGGAUGUCUCAACACUCACAGUCCUCCUCCAAGAUGACGUUGGUGGACUUUACGUCCGAGGAGAUGACGAUUACUGGAUUCAUGUUCCUCCUGUUAACGGUUCCCUUGUGAUCAAUGUUGGUGAUGCUCUACAAAUAAUGAGCAAUGGUCGAUACAAGAGUGUUGAGCACUGCGUGAUGACCGAUGGAAGUAAGAACAGGAUUUCAAUCCCCAUAUUCAUCAACCCAAGGCCAUCAGACAAAAUAUCUCCUUUUCAUGAAGUGCUGGCAAGCGGCGAGAAGGCAGCGUAUAAGGAAGUUCUGUACUCGGAUUACGUCAAGCAUUUCUUCCGAAAGGCACAUGAUGGGAAGAAAACAAUCGAUUUCGCUAAGAUAAGAAUAUGAAGCUCUUGUUUUACAGGUGUUGCAGCUCGUUCAGACCUGAUGAUGUAUCUUGUACACACAGAUUUUGUAGUGCCACCAAUCAAUCCAACUUUCAUUCUCUGAUGAUUCUGAUUUCAAUUCCUAGAAGAGCUGAAG